AUCCUGAUGGACCUGAUAGCGAACCGGGAGAAGGCUCAACCUUGAGCGUCUUAACGGUGUCAAAACUCAAGACAACUAGCCUCCGAGGUUUACAUUCCAGGUGUCAACCGUUCCAAGGCUAGAGUCAAUGGUGAUGCUGACAUGGCUACGCAUCUACCGAAGGGGCAUUACGGUCAAUUAAUGACAUAACAACGACAAGGCACAGUAUUCCCAACGAACUAUUUUCCUUCUCGCCAAAGGCUGAAGAAGUGAAGAGUGAAGAGUUUUCUUGCCAAAGGUUUAGCAAGUUUCACAACAGUGAGGCAGUGAGCUAUGGAGCCCGACAUGGAAUCCAUGGCGUCUUCGAUCAGUGUCUCAGUUCCCGUUCUUCGGUUCCUUCUAUGCUUCGUCGCCACCAUACCGGUAAGCUUUCUAUGGAGACUCGUCCCCGGAACCAUUCCGAAGCAUCUCUACUCGGCGGCGUCAGGAGCUGUGUUAUCUUAUCUUUCGUUCGGAUUAUCCUCGAAUCUCCAUUUUCUGGUUUCGAUGUUGAUGGGGUACACUUCGAUGCUUGUUUAUCGCCGGCGAUGCGGCAUUAUCUCGUUUUUCACCGGAUUCGGUUAUCUUAUAGGCUGCCACAUAUACUACAUGAGUGGAGAUGCAUGGAAGGAAGGAGGCAUAGAUGCCACUGGAGCCUUGAUGGUUGUUUCACUGAAAGUCAUUUCCUGUGCAAUUAAUUACAACGAUGGGCUAUUGAAAGAAGAGGGUCUACGUGUGGCACAAAAGAAAAAUCGGUUGCUCAAGUUACCUACUCUUGUAGAGUACUUUGGUUAUUGCCUUUGCUGUGGGAGUCACUUUGCUGGACCAGUUUAUGAAAUGAAGGAUUAUAUUGAAUGGACAGAAAGGAAAGGGAUUUGGAGCCAGUCUAUGAACAAACCAUUACCAUCUCCUUAUGGUGCAGCAAUUAAAGCUCUAGUUCAAGCUGCAAUAUGCAUGGUCCUGUAUUUAUAUCUGGUGCCACGUUUUCCAGUAUCCCGGUUUACUGAUCCCAUAUAUCAUGAAUGGGGAUUCUGGAAACGGCUGGUUUACCAGUAUUUAUGUGGCUUUACAACACGCUGGAAGUAUUAUUAUAUCUGGUCAAUAUCAGAGGCAUCUCUUAUUAUAUCUGGUCUUGGAUUCAGUGGUUGGUCAGAUUCUUCUCCAUCAAAUCCGCUUUGGGAUCGUGCAAAAAAUAUUGAUAUCAUUGGUGUUGAGUUGGCAAAGAGUGCUGUUGAGUUGCCGCUUGUAUGGAACAUCCAUGUCAGCACCUGGCUACGUCAUUAUGUUUAUGAAAGACUUGUUGAAAAGGGAAAGAAACCUGGUUUCGCUCAACUGCUGGCAACACAAACUGUUAGUGCUGUUUGGCAUGGACUGUAUCCUGGAUAUAUCAUAUUCUUUGUUCAGUCAGUAUUGAUGGUAGCGGCUUCAAGAGUUAUCUAUAGAUGGCAACGAGCUCUUCCUCGGAACAUGGACCUAGUUAAGAAGAUACUGGUGUUUAUGAACUUUACUUGUACAUUAUUGAGUUUGAACUAUUCCUGCGUUGCUUUCCUGGUGUUGAGCAUGCACGAGACAAUCACUUCAUAUGGGAGUGUUUAUUACGUUGGAACAGUUAUUCCCAUUAUACUGAUACUCCUGGGUUGCAUCUUCAAACCAAAACCUUCCAGGUAUAAAGACCAGAAAGAGCAAUGAGAUGGUAACUACAUGUUUUUAUUCUGCUCAACACUGCUGGAAAAGGAGUGGUAGCAUCCCCCCCCAAACCCUCUCUUCAUGUUUGGUAAAUUGUAAUAUUUUUCUUAGUUAAGAAAGAACUGCAUUGGCAUCCAAUGUUUAACCUUACUCCAACAUGUUUGGCUCGCGAUUUGCUUUACAAUUAUUUCAACUUUUAUUGUUGGUUAUUUUGUUUUUCUCUAAUCAUGAAUUGAUAGAUGUUGAACACUUUUAAACUGCUCAUGGCAGCCAGCCAGCCACAUUUCUUUGCUAAAGUUUAUAUUCCA